AGCGUCUACACCACCACGCGCUCCCAUCUGGGUGCGGAGAACAACAUCGACCUGAUUUUGAACGUGGAAGACUUCGACGUGGAGUCCAAGUUUGAGAGGACAGUCAACGUUUCUGUACCAAAGAAAACGCGAAACAAUGGGACGCUGUAUGCCUACAUCUUCCUCCACCAUGCCGGGAUUCUGCCGUGGCACGAUGGGAAGCAGGUGCACCUGGUCAGUCCUCUGACCACCUACAUGGUCCCCAAGCCGGAAGAAGUCAACCUGCUCAUGGGGGAGUCUGCACAGCAGCAGAUCGAAGUGGAGAAGCCAAUGAGUGCCCUGGACGAGCCAGUUUCCCACUGGAGAACGAGGCUGACGCUAAAUGUGAUGGUGGACAACUUCGUCUUCGACGGGGCGUCCCUGCCUGCUGACGUGCACCGCUACAUGAAGAUGGUCCAGCUGGGGAAGACCGUGCACUACCUGCCCAUCCUGUUCAUUGACCAGCUGAGCAACCGUGUGAAGGACUUGAUGGUCAUCAGCCGCUCCACCUCCGAGCUGCCCCUCACCGUGUCCUACGACAAGGUCUCACUGGGCCGCCUGCGCUUCUGGAUCCACAUGCAGGAUGCCGUGCAUUCGCUGCAGCAGCUUGGGUUUUCAGAGAAAGAUGCUGAUGAGGUGAAGGGGAUCUUUGUGGACACCAACCUGUACUUCCUGGCGCUGACUUUCUUCGUCGCAGCCUUCCACCUUCUCUUUGACUUCCUGGCCUUUAAGAAUGACAUCAGUUUCUGGAAGAAGAAGAAGAGCAUGAUUGGCAUGUCUACCAAGGCAGUCCUCUGGCGCUGCUUCAGCACGGUGGUCAUCUUCCUGUUCCUGCUGGACGAGCAGACAAGUCUGCUAGUGCUGGUCCCCGCCGGCAUCGGUGCCGCCAUUGAGCUCUGGAAAGUGAAGAAGGCCUUGAAGAUGACUAUCCUCUGGAGAGGCCUGAGACCACAGCUCCAGUUCGGCGCAUCCAGUGAGUCUGAGAAGAAGACCGAGGAGUACGACACUCAGGCCAUGAAGUACCUGUCGUACCUGCUCUACCCGCUGUGCAUUGGGGGUGCCGUCUACUCGCUCCUGAACGUCAAGUACAAGAGCUGGUAUUCUUGGCUGAUCAACAGCUUUGUCAACGGUGUCUAUGCCUUCGGCUUCCUGUUCAUGCUGCCCCAGCUCUUCGUGAACUACAAGAUGAAGUCAGUGGCACACUUGCCCUGGAAGGCCUUCACCUACAAGGCCUUCAACACUUUCAUCGAUGAUGUGUUCGCCUUCAUCAUCACCAUGCCCACGUCCCACCGGCUGGCCUGCUUCCGGGACGACGUGGUCUUUUUGGUCUACCUGUACCAGCGCUGGCUUUAUCCUGUGGAUAAGAGCAGAGUGAAUGAGUUCGGGGAGUCCUACGAAGAGAACCCCAAUCGGAAACCCCAUGCAGACUGAAGGCCCUGGGCUAUAGCUACCGCCAGCAGAACAAGUCUUGGAUUGUCAACAAAGUAUUCUUGGAAGCUGUGGUGGAAUUUGCUAGACGUUGCAUCUUCUAUGUUGCCAAACCCUUUGAUCGUUGCUCAGACAUCUCCCGAAUUCCUGUCAUGUUGGAUUUGGAAGGACCUGGGAGCACCUAUGAUGUCCCCACCCACAUGAACACGUCUGGGUCCCAGAGCUGGUGCUUGCGGUCACUCCAGGCCGCGUCCCCACACCCAGCAGACGUGGGGAUGUCAGGUUCCCAUGUCAAAUUGUGUUUGUAAGUGUUCCUUAUGUGAGUUUCAGAUGCAUAUGGACAUUCAUUCUGUAUGGACUCUGGGAUCAAAUGGCUCUUUUCUCCUGUUUAAGAUUUGAUUGUUUUAAAGCUUUAUGUAUGUUUCUAUUUUAAAAUAAAUUUUCUGGCUGUUACAUUUUUCUUGAUCUGAUAUAAUAUGGAAAGUAUUCACAUUUGUAAGUUUAAUUCUCUUCCAGAAAUUAACACAUAAUAUGGAUUUAUUUAUGCAUUAAAAAGAGCAAAUUUACAGAGCCUCUCCCAAA